AGCCAAUGUCGCAUUGAUCGUGUCUGAACCACACCUCGUCCUUCCGGCUCAACGUGUACAUUGCUGGUGACUGAGCAUUCUGUAUUGUUCACUACCGUAGAUCCUUGUCUCCCUCGAUAACCGCCCCCUCCAACGCUCAAUCCUUCUGCCCCAGAUACCGAUCGUCUCAUGCUCAAGACAGCCACGGUUACCGAACGCUUCUGGUGCUCCAGCCGCCCCUCCUCAUCACACGAGUGUCUGGCUCUUCGCUCCCAUGUCGUCAGCCCUCGAUGGUGUGUGGUGGCAUAACGGCCAGUAGCCAUGAACAACAAUUCCCAUACCGGCCUAUAUCCAUCGUCCAACAGCAGCACCUCCACGCUAAGACCUCGUGCCUCUCGACUGAUAUCCUACGUUGACGAUGACGCCACGGACGCAACCUCUAUCUCGACUUCCGCUAAUACAUACCCACCACGUCCUCUCAAUAGAGGAGUAUCUCCUGACUCGAAUGCCGCGCUGAGUCGCUCCAAGUCUGCGGAGAAAGGACAGAAUGCUCGAUCUAGCAACACAUACACGAGGUCCCCCGCGGGACCGCAGACGCCCUCGGGGGGAAAUGGCAUGUGGGAGCCAUGGUCAUCUAUACAAGGGCUGGCCUCGACGUUAUUGGGGGGCGAGCAGUCAGGAUCCAAGUUCAAUGGGGCAAUCAAGAAGCCUCUGUGGAUGAAGCAAGACAAACUAUAUGGGACCAAGACAUCUACCCAAAAAUGGGGCCCGAGCCAGGAGCCCUCAACAAGCGCUGCACAGGAAGCCAUUGAAGAAAGGAAGGCCAUGGUCCAGGCGAAGAAGAGAGAAGCAUUGCUACUUGCAAGUGUGUCUGAAAGCCGGGACAGCUUAGGACGAUAUAAGAGAAGGGACUCGGAUGCGGGUGCGGCUGAUUCUGCACUGAACGACGUGAGAGAAGAUGAUCUGGUUUACCUGCAUAAAGUACAGAAAGGAGAUACUCUAGCCGGAGUCAUCAUCAAGUACAACUGCCAGGCCGAACCUUUCCGCAAGAUUAACAGGUUCUGGCCCAACGAUAAUAUCCAGACCAGAACGCAUGUCUUGGUGCCGUUAGUAGGCUGUACAGCAAGAGGCAAGAAAGUCGACAGCCCCUAUCUUACAAAAGACCUGUUCGACUCCGGGCAAAACCACCCAACGAUCCCAACGGCGGACGCGUCUCACGGGAGUCAAUCUUUGUCGCCCAAUCCAUCAAAUUCGGCCGCGUCUUCCACAUUAAACUCCGAAGCUCUGUCGAUCAUCACCUCUCAUGCCGAAGAGAUUGACUUCAGGCAUGAUUCUUGGGUGCUGCUUCCGAACUUCAAAGAGCCUGUCGAGGUUCUGCGUGUACCCAGACGCGCCCUCGGUUUCUUUCCACGCGCUCGACGGAAAUCAAACGCUACAAUCACCGAUGCAUCAUCGAACUGUACGCCCAAGACUUCUUUUGACAUGCUCCGUCAUCCUCCGACACAUGCUGCACAGACUUCGGGGUCGUUGACAGGGUCACCGGCGCGCCGUCCACAGAUGAAUGAUCGAGGACUUUCGGGGAGGCAACGCUCAUCGAGUGGGACAGGCAAUUCUUUUGCCGAUGCUCUUCGCGGGCCUGGUGGAGUGGGAACUCUGCGCGGCCUUCGCACAGAAACGUCGCGUCCGGGUCCGGCAGAAGAUCCUCUCAACCGCAAAUUAGCACAGUAUCUCCCAGAUCUGCUUCUGCCCGAGGAUAUGCCUCGCACCGGGUUCAGCCUCAGACCGUCGCCACGGGGUACACCUCGCCCCAGUACAGAUUCACUCCGAAGUUCACGGUCCAACAGCUCUGGUCUCGGCGAAGUCGGUGGUGCGAUCGAAGGCUGGGUGAGGAAAAUGGCAGGGGUCAAGAGGGAAAGAGGCGCAGCGGUAGACAAGAUGGGUGACCUGAUAGAAUUGGAAACAAAUACUGAGCUUGCUGGAUUGGGGGGCGGCGGGCAAGACGGCACAAGAAGUAUGGAUGAUACGUCGGAUAUUCCCACGCCGACAAUCCCGACUAUGAUUAACACCACGACAGCCACAGAAGAAGCAUUGCUGAACGAGCGAUUUCCAAUCCGAGGCCGCGUUAGGAAUGCAUACGCCUCUACUUCGAGUCCGACCAAGGACAAGGGCGAUUAGGAGGAAUGAUUGUCUUUGCAGAUUCGUGCUAGUCGGGCCAUCCAUUUUGCGUCCGAAUACAGCCUCUUGGUUUUGUCACACUUCAAUACAUAUGAUGGAAGUGCAAUGUGGUUUCGGCCGAGCCAAAAUUCUAUGCCACAUACUUACCAACGUUCAAUCAACACGACCUUUCAUUGCAGUGUGUGAUUUGUGCCUGCCUCCGUCUCUGUAUACGCAUAUCGAUGGAGAAUGCCAAGGGCACCAGCUUGCAGUGGGACAUCUGUGAAAUCACUGUAGAAGUAUUCCAAUUAUCAGAUUUCAGCUCACGGUGCAUCAGUGAGGAUGGUGCGUAUUCGGG